AUGUCAUUCAGAUCAAACUCAAUUCGUUUAGCCCGUGUUGCUGGUUCAAAAGCCUUAGCUCAACAAACCCAAAAAAGAGCUUUAUCAGCUUUAGCUUCCCAAAUCUCAAGACCAACUGUUGCUAAAUCAGCUGGUGCUUCAUUAACCAGAGGUUAUAAAUCAAUUAACUUUGGUGGUGUUGAAGAAGUUGUUUACGAAAGAGCUGACUGGCCAAGAGAAAAAUUAUUAGAAUACUUCAAAAAUGAUACUUUAGCUUUAAUUGGUUACGGUUCUCAAGGUUACGGUCAAGGUUUAAACUUGAGAGAUAACGGUGUCAAUGUUAUCAUUGGUGUUAGAAAAGAUGGUGCUUCAUGGAAAGCUGCUAUCGAAGAUGGAUGGCAACCAGGUGUCAACCUUUUUGCUGUUGAAGAAGCCAUCCAAAAAGGUACUUACAUUAUGAACUUGUUAUCAGAUGCUGCUCAAUCUGAAACUUGGAACUCAAUUAAACCAUUAAUCACUGAAGGUAAAACUUUAUACUUCUCUCAUGGUUUCUCCCCAGUUUUCAAAGAAUUAACUCACGUUGAACCACCAACCAAUGUUGAUGUUAUCUUAGUUGCUCCAAAAGGUUCAGGUAGAACUGUUAGAACUUUAUUCAAAGAAGGUCGUGGUAUUAACUCAUCAUACGCCGUCUGGAAUGAUGUUACUGGUAAAGCUGAUGAAAAAGCUCAAGCUUUAGCUGUUGCCGUUGGUUCUGGUUACGUUUACAAAACCACUUUUGAAAAAGAAGUUAACUCUGAUUUAUAUGGUGAAAGAGGUUGUUUAAUGGGUGGUAUCCAUGGUAUGUUCUUAGCUCAAUACGAAGUUUUAAGAGAAAAUGGUCACUCUCCAUCAGAAGCUUUCAAUGAAACUGUUGAAGAAGCUACUCAAUCAUUAUACCCAUUAGUUGGUAAAUACGGUAUGGAUUACAUGUAUGAUGCUUGUUCCACUACUGCUAGAAGAGGUGCUUUAGAUUGGUACCCAAUCUUCAAAGAUGCUUUGAAACCAGUUUUCAACGAUUUAUACGAAUCUGUUAGAAACGGUUCAGAAACCAAACGUUCAUUAGAAUUCAACUCUCAACCAGAUUACAGAGACAGAUUAGAAGAAGAAUUAAAAGUUAUUAGAGGUAUGGAAAUCUGGAGAGUUGGUAAAGAAGUUAGAAAAUUACGUCCAGAAAACAACUAA